AUGAAGUCCGAACUUCUAUCCUCUCCUUUAGCCAUGUUCGCGGCGCCAUCGAGCCCGCAUGCGACUAGCAACCAGAACUACCUCAUUGGGUUGCGGGGUCUUUUUGUAAUUCAGUCAUUCCUCUUCGUCUUCUUCCAGACAUUUCUUCCAGCAGCCGUUCCUGAUUCUAAAAAUGUCGACGGGCCAAGUUACCAGGUCGGACUGCGCAAGUCAUUUUCGGUGCUCUUUUGCAACCCGUCGCUGAUUUACGGGUGGAUCAUUUUCCUCUCGGCGCGAACGAUAUGCUUACCGUACCUGGCCAACAAGACACGCGAGGUGGGCGCAUCCAGUGUCUUUCGCCGCGGCGUCCGACUAUGGAUCCCGACAUUUAUGGCGUAUUCGAUUGCGGCAAUGGCCUUCAGCACCUCUUCCACGGCCUACAUUGCUGACUUCAUGGAGGCAACUGGCAACAUCUCGACCAGCGUCCCUAUGCGCCUUGACGGUUUCAUAGUCUACUUCAACUCGCUGUUUCAGAUUUUCUGGCUCAACAAGAACUACAGUAACCAGGCCGCCAACAAUGUUUUCCCAUCCGGCACCCUCUGGAUCGUUUCCGUGCUCUUCCAGCAAAGCUACACCGUCUAUAUGACCAUGGUCAUUGUCCCUUGUACUCGCACAUCCUGGCGCGUUAAAGCCAUGCUUGCCUUUAUCGUCGCUGCGUUCUGGGUGCACAGCUGGGCCUGGUACAGCAUCACUGGUCUUCUUCUUGCCGACGCCGUACUCAACAUGGACUUUGCAUCGCGGUCCCGCAAAGGGUUUAAGCUGUUCAAGUACGAUCUUCCGCUUUGGCCACUGUACGCAACCAUGGUCUUUACCGGAAUCCUGCUACACUUUAUCUUCAUCUCGGGGCUGGAGCAUAUGCGCGACAACGAGCUGUACGGCCACACGGGCAUCUACACCGGCGGCAUGCUCAAUGAGCGCAUGGAUAAAGAUCAGCCCAUGGCCCGCCUUGACAACUACCUCGUUAUCCUGGGGUCAAUCCUCUUAAUCGAAACAUUCGAGUUGCCUCGAAGUGUUCUUUCCGGUAGCUUCUUCGUCGCGCUCGGAAGGAGAAGCUUCAGCUUCUUCCUCGUCCAAUCCAUCAUCAUAUACACCGUCGGAAUCAAGACGUACAACCACAUGGCUGCAAACGGGACCAGCACCGGCGCAAACGGUUUCGUAUGUUUCCUCGUGUGCGCACCCCUCGUAACGUUGCUUGCCGAGAUUUUCUACCGCCUCAUCGAUCUGCCCAGCGUGGUAGUUGCAAGAGGCUUUUGGGCGUUCAUGACGAAAGAGGAUAGCGUGGAAGGCAGUGCUUAA